AGAAUGCCACCUUCCAUUUACCCCUGAAUACAUAGCAACCCCAUUUGCUCUGUGUUUGCCCUGGGUCUUGGAAAUUCAAACAGAAACUUGAUGUCAGAGCUUUCAACAUACACAGGGAUCGACACCACUUCUCACCAGGCAGCUUUUACAAGAACCACGAUGGACAGAGCAGCAACCUUGAGACUGCUUCUGAUUGUACUGUUACAAGUAUGUGGAUCCUUUUGCAUCUAUGAGCCUUACUUUGACACCCUUCCACAAACUGUUGGAAUCCCAGAAAACAGUGUGCCAGGAACCACAGUCUAUUCAUUCACUCUUGGAAACUGGUAUUCAAUGUCAACAGUGUCCAUGACUGUCAGUCCUGCAACCACAUUCUUCAACAACCCUUCAAUCAACUCAGGAAAAACAGCAACGAUCAAACUGAGCAGCUCUGCAGCACUAAAUGCUUUGAUGGUGAAUCAAUACAACAUAGCCAUCACUUAUACUAAUGCCUAUGGCAGCAUUUCUUCUAACCUCUACGUGCAGAUCACCCCAGUCAGCAAUCCCCUCCAGUGUGCAACACCUUUCUCAAGCCAGGUCGGAGAUACAGUGCAGGUGCUGGAGAAUGUGCCCAAGACCACCAAGAUUUACACAGCCACUACUAAUGCCAAUGCUGGCACAAUCUUCAGUUAUAACAUAAAGCAGGUUGUGCCAAAUGGAGAUUUUACCAUCGACGCGUCUGGCAACGUUUAUCCAAAUCAGGCUUUCAAUUAUCAGACCGGUGACCGGAGUUUCACGCUGACGAUAAAGGUGCUGGAUCAGCACGGAGCUUCAUGCUUAGGGACCCUCACUGUGGAGGUCUUGCCCAUUGACAAGACCACCAUAUCCUUCAAGGAUGUCAACCAGGCUGUAACUAUUCGGGAGAACACAGGGCCAGCAGCUGUGGUAGCUACAGUCACAGCUCUGGGAACAAAUGUGCACUACCAGUUAAUAACCCCAACCUCAGCCUUUCAGAUCAAUGAAAAAACAGGGGUGAUCAGGACCACCUACAAUCUCGAUCUGGAUUCCAACCCAGGCCUGGCUGUUACCUCCUUACUGGUCCGCGCCUACGACCCUGUCCAUAAGGUCAGCGCCACAGCUACUGUGCAAGUGACGGUGCAGGACGCCAAUGAUAUCCCUCCACUCUGCACGCCUGCGGUCGUUGUAACUCAUGUGCCGGAGACCACACCCAUUGCAGGCACUCUCUUUACCUUGAGCUGCUCGGACAGGGACAGCACGGGCAACACGCUCUCUUACAGCAUUCAGGCUGACGGUGUAUCUAGGUACAUGUUCCGUCUGCAGGGGACCACGCUGGAGUUAAACAAUACACUAGACUAUGACUCUGCUGUAAUGGCAGGUGUUGAUUUCCAGUACCCCAUUACCAUCCUAAUAAAAGACAGUGGAGUGCCUCAGUUGACAACCAGCGUUUCAGUGUUUGUGACGGUGACUCCAGUUAACGAGUUCCCCCCCACCUUCAAGGAACCUUUCACCUUCACAGUGAACGAGAGAAGCCCGGUGGGUACCGUCAUUGGGGUGGUCACAGCAACUGACCAUGACUGGCCCUUCAACAACGUCCAGUACCGAAUCACUGGAGGCAAUGGCAACAACCCACCCCAAUUCUACAUUGAUCCCAGGAGCGGCCAGAUCAAUCUCUUGUCCACUCUGGACUUUGAAAGACAGUCGACCUACCAGCUGAAGAUUGAGGCAGUGGAUAUGAACCAAGACCUGCAGCCUGACCCCAAUAGACAGAAGACAGCCUUGCAGACCAUCACUAUCGAGGUCCAGGAUACCAACGAUAACCCACCAGUGUGCAAUCCUCCAUACUACGAGGCCACUAUCUUCUCCACCCUGAAAGCCGGGCAGGAAAUCGUUCUGGUUCAGUGCACUGACCAAGACAUCACCUCCACGCUCACCUACACGCUCGUGGGAGGUAAUGUUAACAAUCGAUUCACCAUGACUAAAAGCACUCUGGUAUCCCAGAACACCUUCUCUUACCUGAAACCGGGGGUGUAUGACCCCACGACCUAUGAACUCCUGGUCAAGGUGACGGAUGGUGGGCCCCCGACCUUCUCCACCACGGUGACAGUGAUAGUCCACGUGAUUCCAUGGACAACCACAGUCCCCACCACCCCCCUCAAAACCACGAAAGUGACCCAGGUUCCUCAGAUUGUCACUGUGUUUGACAAUCAGUGGAUCCCAGACCCCUGGUUCGUGGCCGUUCUUGCUGUGACUGGGGCCCUCUUACUGUUAGCACUAGCUUUACUGAUCUGGAAACUGCUGAGCAUGACAUCACUUUGCAGGAGAGUCCCAACAGAGAUGGCCAAACCACUUCUGCAAGACAGAACCUUUGGUGACACUGCAGCCCCCACACCAGAGAGGAGUCUCCCGCAGGACCCCAGGAAAAACAGAGAGCGCACACCAAGCCCACUGUCACUGCAAUUUGAUGGAAGAGCACAAGACCCAUGUUCAGUUGCACGCAUGGCAUUCACCUGACUGUCAGCAUUUACCAGACUCAGACUCAGUACUAAUUCUAGAGCAGGUUGUAUUUUAUUUAUAAAACACUGGAUGUCCGUGUUAAAGCUCAAACUAUGGUAGGUGGAACUUGCUUUCUUUUUAAAAAUACUGGAGACACCAAAUGUUACACAAAAUACUAGGAAGAAAUACUCCAUGAAAUACUUUAAUUGCAAACAGGAAUCUGAUAGAAAACAGCAAGGCUUUGUUAUUUAAGGUAAAUGUAUUAUUUAUUGUUUUGUAGCACUAUUGAAAUGACACAUAUAGUACUUUAGAACAUAAUUAAAAAUAAUCUGUUCAUACAAUUAAAUCCUAAUGUUCACAAACAAGAAAUAUGUACACCGGCAUAUACUGUUAGACUGUAAAUUGAGAACACAUGAAUCUGGUAAACCAUAAAUGUCUCACUGCAGUUUAAAAAAUAAAGUGUAGUUUACUCUGUCCCUUUUGAACAGUCACUUGUAAGUAAUUAUUCACAAACUUACAAGCAACAGACUUUUACUUGAAAAUAACUUCUCACAGUAGCCACAAUUGAAAAUCAAAUCAGAAGGUCUGUGCUGUAAUUAUAAAGUGACUGUAAAAAUGACUAACAUUUCAAUAGAUGUCACCUCAACCUUUAGUUAUACAAGGUGCACAGCUUGUGGGUUAUUGAUCUUUCAGGAUCUUAUUGACGGAUGCAUUAACUGUUGUUUGCAAAUGUGGUGCAUAUAUCUACGUGGUAUUCUUUCGAAAUGCUAACAUUUAAAAAAAUGUGUUUGACUUUCAGAGGGUCAGAAAUAAAGCUUUGACAUCAAUGCAAUUCAUGCAAUGAUUAAUUUAUUAAAUAUUAUUAUUAUUAUUUAUUUCUUAGCAGACGCCCUUAUCCAGGGCGACUUACAAUUGUUACAAGAUAUCACAUUAUACAUUAUUUCGCAUUAUACAGAUAUCACAUUAUUUUGCAUACAAUUACCCAUUUAUACAGUUGGGUUUUUACUGGAGCAAUCUAGGUAAAGUACCUUGCUCAAGGGUACAACAGCAGUGUCCCCCACUGGGGAUUGAACCCACAACCCUCCGGUCAAGAGUCCAGAGCCCUAACCACUACUCCACACUGCUGCCACAUAAUUAUAGAUGAGUAAUUAUUUGAGUAAUUAUUUGAGUAAUUAUUUGUUCCGCAAGAGACCACUGUCACCUGGGUUACUAUUGGUAGUUUUUAUUAUUAUUAUUAUUAUUUUUAUAUUAGAUAUUUUUUUCUUUGUCAAUGAAAAGUAGAAAUCAAAAUUCUGUGUUCAAUAGUAAAUACUGUCACAGAACUCCGAUGUAGUAAAUGGUCUUUAAGGGGUAAGUAGUUUGAAUGUGUUUUAUUUAUUUGUUUUGCCAUUUUGAAUGUCCUUUACCGUUUUAUGGUAUUUGCAACCAUUCCGAGUGGCUUUGACUCCAAUACAAUAUCAGCCUUUACCUGGCUUUGAGCGGCUUUGUCAAGAGAAUUGAAACUUCAAUAACAUCACACAGCCUUCCUUAAUCCAUUCAAAUCAUGUGACUUUGAACUCUCCUGGCCCACAUGAUCUCUCUGUGUAGACCCAGAGUGGAGUGGAAUGAGGAAGGCUGUUCAGUGCCAGCACUUAGGAUUUUCCUGUCAUGCACAACCCGAGUGCACAGCUAGGUAAAGAAAAAUGCUAAGAACUAAUCACCAGAGCAACAGAACCUAGAACCAUUAAAAAUGAUUGCAAACACCAUAAAAUAGUAUGGGAAAUGCAAAAAAGCUAUAAAAAUGACAUUGACUCUUACUGUUUAAAUGGACUUCGGGAGUUGUAUAAAGUAUUUCUCGUUUUAAUAACAAAGCAAUAUCUAAUAAUAUUAAAUAUGUUUUGCACUGGAUGGGUCACCAUGGUAUUGAUUAC